UACCAUGGCUGCUACCAAGCUGGUACUGCUCCUUUUCUCAGUGGUCCUGUUGGGCCUGAGCUCAGCUCAAUUCAACAAUGAGGAAUACCAAGAAGAAAAUGCUGUACAGAACUCAGAAGAUGAACAAAAAGCAGAUGAUUCAUUAGAUGCCCAAGCACCAAGUGACUCCCAGGUGGAUGAUGAGAAUGCUGGUGAUAACCAAGGCCAAAAACCAGAAGGUGGCCAGCAAGGAGGUCAGCCAGGUGGUCAGCAAGGAGGUCAUCCAGGUGGCCCUCAAGGAGGUAAUCCAGGUGGCCAGCAAGGAGGUCGUCCAGGUGGCCCUCAAGGAGGUCGUCCAGGUGGCCCUCAAGGAGGUAAGCCAGGUGGCCAGCAAGGAGGUCAGCCAGGUGGCCAGCAAGGAGGUCAGCCAGGUGGCCAGCAAGGAGGUCGUCCAGGUGGCCAGCAAGGAGGUCAGCCAGGUGGCCAGCAAGGAGGUCGUCCAGGUGGCCAGCAAGGAGGUCAGCCAGGUGGCCAGCAAGGAGGUCGUCCAGGUGGUCAGCAAGGAGGUCGUCCAGGAGGCCAGCAAGGGGGCCGUCCAGGUGGCCAGCAAGGUGGCCAGCAAGGAGGCCGUCCAGGUAGCCAGCAAGGAGGUCGUCCUGGUGGCCAGCAAGGAGGUCGUCCUGGUGGCCAGCAAGGAGGUCGUCCAAGUGGCCAGCAAGGAGGUCGUCCAGGUGGCCAGCAAGGAGGUCGUCCAGGUGGCCAGCAAGGAGGUCAGCAAGGAGGCCAACAAGGAGGUCAGCAAGGAGGCCAACAAGGAGGCCAGUAA